AGCAUGUGUCUAUGUUCUUCUGUAUGUCAGUGACUCCGAAGAAGACGGUCUCCUCACCUCUCUUUGAUGUCCCUCCGCACCAUGUUUGCGCUGCGCUCGCUGUCCCGUUCUGCGCUCCUCAGAUACACCGCUGCUGCUCAGUUUCAUGCGACUUCAAACUGCAGUGGCGCAAAAGUCGCUGUUGUGCUGUCAGGAUGUGGGGUCUAUGAUGGCACUGAAAUCCAUGAGGCUUCAGCAAUCCUUGUGCAUCUAAGUCGGGGAGGUGCAGAGGUUCAGAUGUUUGCUCCAGAUGUGUCUCAGAUGCAUGUGAUAGACCACGGCAAAGGUCAGCCUGUGGAGAACGAGUCAAGGAACGUGUUGUCAGAAUCAGCACGUAUCGCAAGGGGCAACAUCACUGACCUGGCGAAACUAAAUGUCAGUAAUCAUGAUGCUGUCAUCUUUCCUGGUGGUUUUGGUGCAGCUAAAAACUUGUCAACAUUUGCCAUUGAUGGGAAGGACUGUAAGGUGAACAAGGAAGUUGAGCGAGUUUUAAAGGACUUCCAUGAUUCAGGAAAGCCAAUUGGGUUGUGCUGUAUAUCUCCCGUGCUGGCGGCAAAAGUUCUUCCAGGUGUGGAUGUGACGGUGGGUCAUGAGGAGGAAGAAGGUGGGAAGUGGCCAUAUGCUGGUACUACUCAAGCCAUCACUGCACUGGGAGCCAAACAUACUGUCAAAGAAGUCACUGAAGCCCAUGUGGACAAGAAGAACAAGGUGGUGACCACACCAGCUUUUAUGUGUGAAACUAAGCUGCACUUGAUUUUUGAUGGGAUUGGUGCUAUGGUGAGAGAUGUCCUAAAGCUCAGUGGGAAGUGAAAACUCUACCAGUAUAUCAGUAUUUUCAGAUUCUUUACAUAGAGCUCGUUAGUCAUAUCGGAUCUGUAUCAGACUGAUUAAAUGAUAAAGAGUAGCCUAUUUCUUGCUGUGAUUUGCAAAACAAGACUGAAACGCUUGACAGACAUUAUUAAUCAAUUAAAUCAAAUAUAUCUGCCCGACAGUGUUAAAUGUUAUUUUGUUGAAUAUCCAGCAGAGGGCACUCUCUGUAUUAAAAAAAAAGUAAUGUGCAUAUAGAGCCAAGAUUUUCUCAAAUUUGGAAACUUUAACUUGCCAUGUAGAAUAAACUCAUCAGUUGUUUUUUUUUUUUUUUUUAAAGAGAUUUCAGAAUACCAACUUAAUAGACUGAACCAGUUAAAAGCUUGACCUUAUGUCAUUAUGUCCUUAUAAUGAGUUCUUAUGUUAAUUAAAGUAGGCACAGUCUGUGUUGAAAAAUGAAGUUUGAAAUGAUGAAUAAAGUGAAUUUUUUUUCUAAAAAUGA